CCCAUAACCAGACCCGGACCGCUUAACCGGACCGACCAAACGGUCCACACCAUUACCAAAAGACCAAUAAAUAAAAAGGGAGGAAUACCAAGCAGUAACUGACGCAUGCUCUCUUUCCCUUAAUCUACUCCGUUCCGUUCAUCUCCUCCACCCCUCCGUUCCACUUUCUUUUCUCUCACUUCACCAAAACCAGAUUUUCUCUUUUCGGUUGCAAUUCAUCGAAUUGUACGGCGGGAAAGAGAGAGGGAAAAGAGUAUUUUAACGGAUUUGAUCCGCUGAGAUGGCGUCCACGAUAAUGAAUCCAGUGACGAACUCGAAUUCCGAUCGAAGAAAGAUGAUGAAGAAGAGGAAAUCGAUUAUCAAAGAGAAUCAGAUCAACCCAAGCCACGCCUUAUGGAAAUCGGAGAAGCAGCAGCAAGUAUAUUCCUCGAAGCUCGUUCAAGCUCUGAGUCAGCUGAGUCUUGACAGUCCUCCUUCUUCGGCUCCACGCGGUGGCCGAGCUGUCCGUGAAGCUGCUGAUAAAGCUUUGGCCGUGGCGGCUAAAGGAAGAACCAGGUGGAGCCGGGCCAUUUUGACGAGCCGGCUUAAGCUGAAAUUUAGAAAGCGGAAGAGACAGAGAGGACGACCCGCCGCAUCCGUGGCUGCCGUCACCAGGAGUCGCCGGUCGAAGAAACCGAGAUUUAGCGUUUCGAGACUGAAAGCGAGAAGUUUACCGACUGUUCAAAGGAAAGUUAAGGUUCUUGGCCGGUUGGUUCCCGGUUGCCGAAAGGAACCGCUACCUAUUAUUCUUGAAGAAGCUACUGAUUACAUAUCGGCGCUUGAGAUGCAAGUUCGAGCGAUGAGCGCUCUCGCCGAGCUACUAUCUGGCUCUGGAGCCGCCAGCUUCAGCUCAGCUCCGCCGCCGCCGCCGCCGCCUAGCCAGUGACUUCUUUUAUUUACGUAAAAGCCAAGUGUCACCUCUUCUUCCUUAUUAUAUAUUUUUCAUCAUUUAUCUUCUCUCUAAGUAAUCAUCGCCCCUGUUUAAAUUCAUGUCUUCUUUGUUUUUCUUCAAGUAAAUUUUAUCCUCAUUUUUAUUUC